AUGGCUUCUAGCUCGAUAUCUUCCCAUGCCUCAGGCACUUGGACUGCCCAGGAGAAUAAGAAGUUUGAGAAAGCUGUUGCCGUUUAUGAUACUAACACACCUGACCGUUGGGCCAAAGUUGCAAGGGCUGUUGGAGGGAAAACCCCAGAAGAGGUGAAGAGGCAUUAUGAAAUUCUUGUGGAAGAUGUCAAAUACAUUGAGAGUGGCCAAGUGCCCUAUCCCUACUGCAGAGACUCUCGAGCUGCCUGUAACAGGGGAGCAUUUGUAGGUGAAGGGGAUGAGUUAGGUAAUGAGGAUGGAGAAUUGCAUGGGGAUGGUGGUGUGAUUGGAGGAGAUAAAUUGAGACACUACAAGGAGUUAGAAGUUGGGUUUCAAACAAUAUCAGUCGUAUCAUUGAUUGAGGAAGAGUUAACAGGUUGA